ACAAAACCUUUGAUUUCUUUCAUCAGAAUGACAGCCAACGUUGUUGCGCGGCGUCCAAUCGGAAUAUUACUUGCCAACAGCAGCCCGGACUGACAUUUUGGGACUUUGGUUCAUUUCUUUUUUUUUUCUCGCUAGCAACACACGAUGACACGAGCGCUUGACCAGAAGUGGCCAUGGACUCUCGGGCCCAAUUCCUCCAGUAAGCCUGCGGCACAGCUUUGCCGGGAAAUUGACCACGAUGACCAGCCAAGAAAAACAUUGCUUCGCCGCGAUACUCACGAGAGCAACUUUCUUUGCCCUCUUAAUCACGUAUUGAUCACAAGAUGAAGCACUGCACGACAGUCUUGUUAGCCUUCGUCGGCAUCGCCGCGGCACAAACCACGUCCGUGAUCAGCGUCCUCAACCCCUAUUUCGGUGACAACCCCUACGACGCGUCCAUCAAGGACGCUAAUCCCACCGCGACAACGUACAUCGUGAGCUGCCAGACCAACAGCACGAAUUAUCAAUGUCGCGCCGACCCCUCCGCCUUGAUGACCCUCGUGGGAGGGCCGUCGACCGUGGAACUUCACAUUGACCAUACUGCCAGCGGAGUAUCAAUCGAGUACAUUGGUACCGUUUCAGGUGAUGGCCUGGACUACCAGCAGAUCGUGACAAAGAGCGGAAACACGGCCAUGAUGGCCAACAUGAGACUUUCGCCUCUGACGGCCGCGAGCCUCUACGUUCCCCUCACCGUCACCGCUGGUCUGGAGAAGUUGCAGCAAGCUCAGACCGGCGCUACUGCGACUGCGACCGCGACUGCAACGGCCACAGCCACGGCGUCCUCCUCAGGGUCGGCGCAGAGCGGGUCCGGUUCCGGGUCCGCUGCAUCGGCGACGUCGACGGCUAACGCCGCUGUACCCCGUGCCGGCCGGGAUGGUCUUCUCGCUGGUGCAGUUGCUGCAGUUGGGUUGAUGAUGUUUUGAGUAUGCCGGUGGCAGAGCCAGGCCUCUGAAGAUGUUGUUUCAGUUGAGGCAUCGAGCAGUGGUGUAUAUCUCGGGAACAGCAACAGGUGGUCUCGCGAAUGAUUUGCGCGCCUUUUUUGACGCAUAAUGACUGUUCCGACUGUAAGAAAAUGCUUGUUUUUCAUUCAUUAUUCGAAGAUCGCCUUUUGUUGGCUGUUGUGGCGAUGAUUUCCCUUUACCUCAUUGACUUUGUGUGAGUCAAAGACGAUAUGUUUUCUUCUUCUUUGGCUGACAUGCCGACGACGACCAAAGCAUUGUUUGUUGAACCAGUCUCA